CACGUCAUUCUGAAGAUAAAUGAAAGAAAGCAGGAGGAUGAGGAGGAGGAGGGGGGUGAAAGGACUGAGCUCGGUUCCCUCCGGGAGGAAGACGCUUCCUGUGAGUAGAUCACUUGCAUCACACGAUGCGUCAGUUGCCUUUUACAGAUCGUAGUGACAGGAGCGAGCAACAUUGGCUCAGAAUUGCGCAGUGUCCCCCUAGCCGCAGCUUGCCACUAUGUGCUGAGGUCCAAGUGUGGCCGUAAUCGCUCGCCGAUUUGUGCUUCCUUUCCAUGGACAACGCCGCGGCGCACACAGCAGUGUCAAUGCCGCCGCCGAGAAACUGCCUGCCAAGGAAUUACAGCUGCAUGGCCGUGUUAUUUGGAGGCACGGUGACCGAUAAGAAGGAAGAAUGGGAAUCUGAGAAGGAGGAACCACCAGAAGCUCCGGAAAUUCAAGUAAUUGAGGAGAGACCCCGAGGAAGAGAUACCGUCUUCAAACCCCAGAGCCCCACUUUAAGACGGAGAGCCAAGUCUCUACCGGCGCCGACAGAAAGAGCUAAACUUGAAAUAUCAAGGGCACGGAGCCCUUCCAGCCAGAAGAAGGUACGCUUUGCAGACUCGCUGGGACUGGAGCUUAUCUCGGUGAAGCAUUUUUGUCACGCCGAUGUCCCGGAGGUUCCUCGCCACGUCAUGGCCAGGUUGCAAGGCGAAACACCGCCUAACCACCUGAAUAACCUGGACAUGUUUUUCCGAGUGCCCAGGCAAUCUACCUUUCUGGAGACCCAGUUCCCCAAUCCGUGCCACUCGUCUGAUUUCCUAGAACAGGUGCGAGCCAUGAACGUGUGCCUGGAGAAAGUGGAAACGAGUGACUUUUGCCUGAGUGGAGUGAUCCGUGUUGUGAAUGUGGCUUUCGAGAAAGGCGUCACGGUGCGCUACACCUUGAACAACUGGGUGUCCUUCGUGGACGUAGUAGCUACAUACGUACAGGGCUCAAGUGAAGACGACACGGAUCAAUUCGCCUUCAAAUUGGUCAUUCCCACUUUGAUUGAAACAGGGGGCACCAUGCAGUUCGCCAUCAAGUACUGCGUUGGGGGCAGUGAGUACUGGGACAACAACGGGGGCAAUAAUUACAAGGUAAGGAGCCACAGGUUCAGGAUGUCGCCCCCGAAGGAAUGGGAGAGUGCGUGGAUUCACUUCAUCUGAUCCCAGAUUCACCGGUCUUUUUCCCUUUUUUGGCUGUCAGAAGGGACAAAUGGCAUUUUUUGCUACAUACUUCCAUUUUAACGAUAGCACUAAAUGUGUGUCAUAAGACGGGAUGCCCAAUGUUUGACAGCUGUGUAGUAAUGCUGAUUUAAUUUAAACUUGCGAUUGUUUAGUCGAUCUCUUCUACGUUAUACCUGUGACGGAGAAGGGGCGGGGCCAGAGUGCACCCGUGCUAUGGUAAAGUGUGAACACUUUCUACUUGAAGCACUACUGCCGCAGAAAAGCCGACUCCAGUAUGGCGCCCAUGAUAUAAGGUCAUUGGGUUAAAGACACACGCAGUCGGAGACACAGAAGGAGGGAAUCACGACUUAUAUUUUUUAGCACUGAAUAUUUUUUUAAUUCCCUUAGAAUAAUGUAUUUAUUUGUGUGUGCUUGUUCUACAAACCCCAGUUCUUAAUACAUAUAUAUUUAUAAUUGGGUAGGAGGAUGAAUACUUUUAUCAGUAAUUUCAAAUAUAAUAUUUUUUUCCUUUUAGGAUUUUAUUUUUUGACUUGAAAAAUAUUUCAUGUAAAAUUUAAAAUGGAGCACUUCACUGGCUAGUUUUGUGUAUACGUAAAUGUUUACUUGCGCAUUUUUUUUAUCGGCGUGAAUCUGUUCAACUCCUUUUGUUUGAGAAGCCAGAAUCCAGUGCAGUUCAUUUUGGAAUUUGGUGUAACAGCCCUAUUUCUGUCAAAAAUGAUAUCCGUGCAAUUUAUAAGGAUGUGUAAAGUGUAUGUGUCUGUUUUAGUAUACCUCUAAGUCUUUCACGUUUGUGGUGUUUGAAUGCAAAAAAUGCAAUUAUUGGUUAUGGAAGUGUUUUCAUUUUUAUAUCCUUUAACAUCUAUCUUUAACAGGUAUUUUUUUACGAUCUUGUGCAAUGUGUGGCUUACAUGUAAUUUUUAAAUUAAUUAGCCCUUUUGCAAAUAUUCAGAAGAGUUUUAAAUGUGCAUUUCAAAUAAUAAAAACCCAGAAAAGCACAGGGCAUCUAGAUCCAAAAAAAGAAAAACUUGUCCUGUUGCAGCUGCCUCUUCUUUCUGAAUGUAAUGCAGACCAGCACCAAAAAAAUUCUUGUUAUUAUUAUUGUUACUAUUAUCAUUAUUAUUAAUGCAUGUAGAACAAGGAAUACUGUACUUGAAUAUAACACUACCACAAAACAAGGCGUAAGCUGCACUUCAGAAGUGUGUGUUUGUCUUCAGAACACACCAAGCAAAGACCUCGUUUAUAAAGCAGUCAGUCCUCUGUGGUUUGUGUUUGUACUUUCUGUGAACUGAAUGGAUGCGCUGCUAUAUAUAUUUUUUUUUUAAUUUGCCAAAUGUAUGUAUAUCAACCAAAAAUAUAAGCAGUUGGCUGCAUAGGAAGUGGUUGCUUCUCACUAGGCCUUUUAAUUUCAUUCUUAUUUUACUUAAAAAUUUUAUAGUUUUCCAUCAGGUGCACAAUGACAAAAUGAGAUUAAUUACAGGAAUUAUUUUUGGAAGAUCUUGAUCUGUGACAAUAAAUAGUCUAAACUACUAUUAGUUGUGAUAGACGACAGGGUUAUUUUGCAAGGUAAUAAUGCCAGUAUGUAAUACUUUAGUUCAUUAAUUUUUAGAAACGUGUUUGUGGGAAGUAUGACUUGUCAGAAUUUUCAGGUAUAUGAUACAUACAGAAAAACAAAUAUGUAUUUAUUUUUAAAGCAUCAUUAUAGUAACACCAAAAGGCUACUUUGUUAAUACAGAGUAUGAUUAAUUUUGUAGAGUAAUGACAAACAUACCAAAUGUGGCCUUUAUUGCUGAAAGAUGUAUUGAAUAAUUAUGUUCAUUUAUUAUUGUUAUUGCUGUAAUUGUUCAGCUAGCAGGAGCUAAUAUACUUCUGACUUUACUCAUGUAGAAUAUACCAGAUAAAAAGCCAUUGUAACACCUUGUUGAGUGUGUUUUUUAAAAAAUAUUUCCAAUUGAAUCACGCCCUUUUUUGUUAGCUUAAGAAAAUAAAGUGUACAGUUUAACAAACAAUGCACAUAACUGUAUAUAAUUCCUUGAAAAAAGAAAUUGUUUUCCAUUAGAAAUAACAGAUGCUCCAUAUGGUAUAUAUAAUGGAGAUUUGCUAUUAUUAACUCAAAAGUAAUAUUAAUCAUUAAGUGUAUAUAUUUUUCAAACAUUUUAAUAUUUUUCAGAGCAUAUAAUGGUAUUGCUUUGGGUUACUGUUAUUUUUUUUCUUUUGUACUUUUUGACUAUACAUAUUUCUUUGAAUGCAAUAAUGGUCCCUUAUUUUAUGCAGCUGAUAGACUUACAAAAAAUUCAGUAUAAAUAUCAUUCAUAAGUUUUUGUUUAUUGGUGGUGGCAAUUUUUGGAGCUCUUGUCUUCUGUACAUUUGAAUUCUUAGUUAUUUAUUAUCUUAGCAGCAGUAACGGAUAAACAUUACUAAACAGUUAAUGGACAGAAAGGCAGUUCAGAUCAACCCACUUCAAACUGAGUUGUGUCUGAUGUAGGGUACUGAAGUAUUUUAAAUAUGUGUUAUUGUUAAUGUUCUGUCUGUUCAGUUAUUCAGUGUUCACAGUAUACUUGGUGUACUUUAUGAUAAUCAGUCAAUGUUGAUCUCUGUAUGCCGUCAUAGUAUGUAGAGGUGUAAACUGCUGAAUACCCUUAAUUCUCGUUUUAUUGAGAAAUUUACAACUGAAAGUAAGUUGGAUAGCAUUUCAAUAUACAUUAAGUUUUACAAUUCCAAUACAAUGAGAUUUGCUGCUAUGUUGUGGGAACAUCCUGUUGUUUCCCAACUUAUUCAUGAUUCCUAAGUUUACCUACUUAAUCAAUUAAAAGUAAUGUAUGCUAGAAAUUUUUCUUGUUACACAUGAUUUGUUAAACAUAUAACAUUCACACAGCCUUAAACAUUCAGGACUUACUAUGUUUGUAUGGGUAUCUAUCCAUUUCCAGAACCUGCUUAAUCCAAUUUAGGAUCGAACAGUGCCAGAGACUGUCACAGCAGUGUUGGGCACAAUGCAAGAGCUAACCCUCAGACAGGGCAGUUUGUGUGGGUAUUUUCUUAAUGUUUGUUCCAAUACUGCUAGAAGCACAUGGCCAUGUAAACAAGCAGGUGUUUAAAAUUAAGGUUAUAACACUGGAUUGAAAAAAGACUUCUCUUAUACACAUGAAAACAUACUCAGAUAUGAUUCAUAAACCUGAGCCUCAUUUACAAGAUCACUUGAAGAUAAUAAAAUAAUGUUUUAUUAUAAUAAUAUCCUAGGUAGGUUUAUACAUGCAGAAUAUUUAACAGCUAUCAGUUCUAACAAAGAAAGAAAAAGUUCUAGAGUAGUAAUACAUGAAAAUUAUAUAUGUGUUUAAUAAUUAAUCAGUCCUUUUUCAUACACUGCAUACACUGUUUUUUUAUGUGGAUACACUGGAAGAUCCUGUAGAAUCUGCCACUUGUAAAACACAGCAGACAGAAAAGAAGGGCUAGAUAGUCAGCCAGGUCCCGCUUAUUUUUGAUGUAAUGGAUAGGCUAUUGGAGGACAAGUAAAGGAAAACAUACGACAGUUUAAUGAGGCACUUGUCCUGCCCGUUUUCUUUCUCUCUUCCUUCAGGCAUAUUCCUCAAUAUGCUGGGUUUUCAGACUUACAUUAAAGUUGAAAAGGAGGAUCUUAUAGAAUUACUGAAGGCCUGAACCAAGAAUCAGGGGCUUCACAAGCCAGUUAGACCAAUGAUGUAAAAUUCUAGCUAUUCAUGUGUCUCCUGGUAUGUAAUUAUCAUAGGAGAAGACGGGUGGUCACUUUUGUGACAAUGUUAAAAUACACAUUUCAUUGGGUUUCAUAACUUUUGAAAUGCUGCAAGGAAAUUAUUGUUACCGUAUUUUUAAAAUCUUUUUAGAAUUUACUAAUUUUUAGUGAUUGAUCCCUUAUCUUAUGCAGUCUCUUUUAAUGCAGGUGUUCAUGUCAUGAAUUGUAUGCUGGUCUCUGAAAGGCAGUUAUAAAUGUCUGUUUUGUGUUGUAAGGAACAGUAUAAUGCAGGUAAAAGUUUAAAACAACUACAUGCAUUUGCCUUGAUUGAGGUUAUGAGGUCUGACUGUACCCAUUAUGGAUUCAUUUCAAUCCUCUGCUUUAGUUAUUAUUAAUGGCGUGAUUCUGUUGCUAAGAAAAUGAUCAGAUAAUAUCUGCUUAUUGUGAAUAUGUCUACUGUAUUGUAUGUGAGCAAUUCAGAAAUGUCAUUUAUAAUGCCACAGGAAAAAUAAGAUGUCCUGAAAAAUGGUUUUCAGAUUUCUUGUGUUUAAUUUAUAUGUCCAACUACUGGAGGCUUUUCUUGCUGAAUGCUGUAAUGGCUGUGCUUUUUGUGUCAAUAUUGUUGAUAUAGCAAAUAUGUUAUAUUACAGACCGACACUGUGCAAUAAUUUAGCCACAUUCUGUGCUUUGUAAUAUUUUAAUUCCUGGAGUCAUUACUAGCUCUUACAACUUCAUUUUUUAAGUGUCAUUUUCAACUUUUGAUGGCAAUAGCAAUUGAAUUUAGUAUGUAUAUAUGUAUGCACAUUAUAUGAGAUUUUUGAAGAAUGGACUGCAAUCUGAAGAUGUGAAAAAUGUGUACUAUUUUACGGCUCCAUCAAACGUUUUCAGUAAGAAGUAAUGUAAUUCCUGAUGAAAUUUGAUGUGUUUUAUUCUUCAUAUUUAUGAAAACAUGUUUUAAUUGUUACAGAUACAAUCUGAAAUAUAAUAAUCAUUUCUUCAUUAUGCAGCUUUUGCUGAGGAUAAAACUGAAGUGUGAAUAUAAGUCUUGCACAAAAUUGUAUUUCAAUGUUAAAUAUAAAGUUGCUAUCUUCAUGAUGUGAGCAGUUGUUUUCCUUAUGCAUGCAUGUUCGCCUUUAUUGUGAGAAAAAAACAACUAAUGUGAAAGUGACAGUGUGGGCUACACUGUCAUUAAAUAAUCAUCAUUGUGUAAGAGGAAUUGUGUGUUUGUGGCAGCCUACUGUACAUGACCAAGCAAACUAUUGAUUCCUUUCUAUAUUUAGGUUUGUCAAGGAGGAAAGACUGACCCAGCCUAGCCUCGCUUAUCUCUCUCUCUCUCUCUUCCUCUCUCUUCCGAUUUCAAAGCAGGCGUGUGUUAACAUACCUGACCUACUUCUGCACUGCUUGGCAAUUUCCUGAACAGGGCUAGAUUGGUAUUUUGAUUACGGUGCUUUUAUUUGGUGUCCCACUACUUGAGACAAUGUUAAAACAAGUUUUAAAAUAUAAGGCCAUUUAAGUGUCUGUGGUAGCAAAACAUUUUAAUAUUAAACUAAGAAAAUACAGCCAUACUUGGUUAGUCUUCCACAUCUUUUGGUGCUGUUGACCUCUUCCAUGUGCUUUAGUAUAACUGUAUAUUUUUGCUUGUCAGAGAGUCAGUUAGUUGUGAAAUGUUACAAAUUUAAUAUUUCUGUUGGAUCUGUUUUCAUCAUCCUAAUGUUUAGCUGAACAUAUAUGGCUAUUUUCAUAUUUUAAAAAAAGUUACAAAUAAUAAUAAUUCAUUACAUUUAUAUAGCGCUUUUCUCAGUACUCAAAGCGCUAUCCACACAGGGAGUAACCGGGAAGCGAACCCACAAUCUUCCACAGUCUCCUUACUGCAAAACAGCAGCGCUACCACUGCGCCACCUGUGAGGAUGCCAUCUCAAUCAGGAGACAAAAAAUAUUUGAUUUUAAACAUUCCAGCAAGCGCAGUGGUAGCGCUGCUGCCUCGCAGUUGGGAGACCUGGGGACCUGGGUUCGCUUCCUGGGUCCUCCCUGCGUGGAGUUUGCAUGUUCUCCCCGUGUCUGCGUGGGUUUCCUCCAGGUGCUCCGGUUUCCUCCCACAGUCCAAAGACUUGCAGGUUGGGUGCAUUGGCGAUCCUAAAUUGUCCCUAGUAUGUGCUUGGUGUGUGUGUGCGUGUGCCCUGCUCAGGGAUUUGUUCCUGCCUUGCGCCCUGUGCUGGCUGGGAUUGGCUCCAGCAGACCCCCGUGACCCUGUGUUGGGAUAUAGUGGGAUGGAAAAUGACUGACUGACUGACAUUCCAACAAUUUUUUACUACAGUAAAGUAUGUUAAAGUCAAUAUACCCAUAUCUGAAAAUGCAGGGAUAUUUAUAAUUGAAUCUUGGACUACCCCUAAAAUGAAUAAGUGAAAAGGGCUGUUGUACAAAAUGCUUAAUUUGGUCUUAAUCUGGUCAUGAAGGGCCUUAAACCAAUUGGUACAGUUUAAACUUUGCAUGUAAAUUUUCAGCGUGCAAUUCAGGCAGAAAUAAAAGACACACCCACCUUAAAUGGUAUCUCGGCCAUUAGAGCAGUUGCAUGUAUGGUUUUUAAAUUCACAUCUGUAAAGGAAUUUUUUAAAGACAUUAAGCAGUUAAUUGUUUCAUAUUCAACAUUUUCAGUUGAUUUCAGUUCAGAAUAUACAAUACCAGAGUUUGGAGUGAAGUUGCCUCACCCAGUGGUGAGAGGAUAGCACCACUCUGCCCAGUGUCUGUGACUACUGGAAUGUGUCUUCUUUUCUGAACUGCAGAUAGGCCAGUCAGAGUACACUGUUUUAGGUUUGAUCCCAAGAGCGAUUUGGUGAAAAUCUGUCAAAAUAUUUUAGUGUUAUGGAAGACAAGUCCUGUUUUUUUAUAAUGUCAUGAUAAACAUGCUAGCCACUUGAUUUAUUUUGUUUGGAGGAUCUUGUCCAGCCUUUCCUAAAUGGAAGCACUGUAUCUUCGACAUCAACAUUGCUCAGUAGCCUAGUCCAGACUUAGUCCAUACCUCCAAAACCACUCUGUGAAGAAGUGCCUUUCCAUUUUAAUUUGAAGUUCACUUUCCCUCUGUCUGACACUGCUAUACUGUGUCUGGUUUGCCUUUCAGUGCUUAAUUCUGUGGAUUUAUACAGUUAAAAAAGAUAAUUUUGUGUUUCCCAUCCAACAUGAUAAUAUUUAAUGUGCAGGCCUUUUGAAAAGUCACAGUGCUUGGAGUUGGGCAGGAUUUUGGUGCUAAUAUAUUUCUGCUUCAUGACUAGAGUUGAGUGGGAUUAAAGAAUAUCCUAAAUCGUUGAAAUAUAUAAAUGUGUGGGGAUCAGCCAAACUCAAACAAUAUACCAAAAUGUCUAACUUAUGGAAAUUUUUCUUUCAUUGAAAGCAUUCUGAUUUUUGUAGCACACUGGGUCCAAUGUCUGUACAAUAUCUGUGUUUGUUUUUUCUUUAAAUUUCUGAUCAUCCAGCAUUUACUCUUACAUUUACAUGGUUUUUCACAAUUCUGUAUAUCUGGGUGUUUGAAAUGAAGAAUGUUGUACAUUUAGACUUGAUUGUACAGCUAUAUUUUAUCUAUGCAAAAGUAUGAUUGAGGUUGUUUGAAAAAUGAUUUCAUUAUGCCUUGCUUAUGAUAUGAUUUUAGGUACUGUAUUCUGAUUCACAUCACUUAGCUUUGUGACUUUGUCUAGGUUGUAAAUUUGUGUUUUGUGUGCAUGUGCAAUAACCUGUCAUUAUGUGCAAUACAUCUAGAUUAGUUUUUCUUUUCACUUUCUAGUGUAAAAAAGAAAUAUCAAUUCAUUUGUUCAAUUUCUAGUGUAAAAGAGAAAUAUAUUAAAAUGUCUCAGUGAUUGAGUCAAUAAAGAGUCAAUAUGUG